AUGAGUGUAGGAUCUCAGAGUUGCUCUCAUGUAGGUAACCAGAAAACCGUAGUGCGUAUGGACAACGGUUUAAAAGUUGAGUUCCCGUUCUUUCCAGAAAACCUCGAUGGAAACUUUCUUUCCUUGCUUCUGAGCAAGGUGAUGGGAUAUGCCAUCAUUUUAGGAUCUGUUGUAAUGAAGUUUCCUCAAAUCUACCAGAUUUGGCGGAACCGAAGUGUCUUAGGACUCAACAUUAACUCUCUUUACUUUGAAUGCGCGGAAAAUCUUCCAUUUGUAGUUUAUAAUCUAGUACAGGGCUAUCCGUUUUCUACAUUCGGUGAAAGCGUGAUGAUCUUGAUUCAAGCCGUCAUUCAAGUCCUUUUAUUCCAUUACUUUACCACUGACGUGAACGUGAAUGGGAAAUUGUUGUUUCGUAAUUUUUCGCUGCUCUUUCUGUCUGCUCUCCUCAUUAUGUUUAUUCCCCCAAAAUUCCAAAUUCUUGUCCCCAUUAUUAGCACUCUCUUCGGUCUCUUUGCUCGCAUUCCCCAAAUCAUCACCAACUUCAAGCAGGGGCACACAGGCCAAUUAUCGCUUAUUUCGUGGUCAUUCUCGCUUGUUGGCUCGGCUGUGCGGAUUUUUACGACGCUGAUGGAGGUGCCUGAUAAGUUGAUUUUGUGUAUGUACAUUUCGGGAUUCGUGUGCAAUUUGAUUUUAGUGCUUCAGAUUUUAUUGUAG